AUGCACCUCGAGGAUAUGAUUUCCGAGUAUCUCGAAGAGGGCGAUUUCGAGGGCGAUCAGGAUCGCGACGCGCUCGACGGCUUGAUGCUGAGAACAGAGCUCCACGGAGAAGCAGCAUCGAAUACUGUGCGCGCUGCGCAUCCAGCACAGUCGCAACUGAAUCGACGGCUGUCAGCGGAUUAUCUGGAGAGGCAGAUGCAAUCGACGGAGCAAAAUCAGCUUCGCAUGAUUCAGUCGCUAGCAGCCAUGGAUGAUUCCGCCGAGCGCGCUCUCUACGCUGACGUCAUCGCCGCGAUGACCGACGCGCGCGCGUGCCACGCCUCGAAUGGCGCUGCGAAAUCGUCGUGCGACGACAUCCAGUCGCAGGAGCUGCGCGGGAGCAGCCUGAACGCGGCGGUCGCAGGGCGACUGCGUGCGAUGGGAUACGACGCGGCGGUUUGCACGACGCAAUGGGACACCUCUCCCUCCAUUCCCGAGGGAUCAUACGAGUACAUCGACGUCCUUAUUUCCGCAAAUUCGCUCGCUCCCGCACACGCAUCAGCCUCCCCCAGUUCCACCCUUGUCAGUUCCACCUUCCACAACACACCCUCCCCUCCGAGUCCCACCUUCACACGAACCACCUCCUCCCCGACCACCGCCAACGCCGCUUCCCUCUUCCCUCGCGCCUCCUCCGCUUCCGCCAAUGGCGCUGCCGUCGCCCCCGCUUUCGACGCCCCCCCUUCCGACGCCACCCCCCAGCGCUUCAUCAUAGACGUUGAUUUCCGCGCGCAGUUCCAGAUCGCACGGCCCACGCGCGAGUACGCGGCAGCGCUCGAAUCCACACCGUUGGUCUUCGUGGGGCGGGCGGAGCGGGUGGCGCGGCUGGUGGAGGUGGUAUCUGGCGCGAUGCGGGGGGCUUUACGGGCGCACGGCAUGCACGUUCCGCCGUGGCGCAAGGGGGAGUAUCUGCACGCUAAGUGGAUGGCUGCGCUCAGUAGGAGAGUAGUGGGGAAGAGGAUGGAGGAGAAGGGGGUGGAGGUGUUAGAUGAUGUGACGGCUACUCCUGCUGCCAGCCCAUUUGCUGCUCGUGCUGCCGCCCCACCUGCUCCAACUACAAGCUUCCACGCAUCUGCUGCUCCUGUCUUCGCAGCUUCUGCUGCUGUGGCUGCACGCGCUUCGUGCCAGCAGCGGUGCCAUCCAGCGGAUGCCGCUCUCUUCCAGGGCCGCUGCGUUCCUGCGAGACGGUUCUCUGCCCUUCAGCAGUGUGCCCGAGCAGGGGGACGCACUGAGCAGGUUGGGUUGAGCAGUGAGCCCUCCCCCAGCAGCAGCAAUGGGAUGGGACAGCUACAGGCACCAGGUGCUUAUAAUGAUGUGGGGGAUGGACACAUUGAAAUGUUGUGCGGGGAGGAUGGGCACGGCAGUGUGCCCUCAGAUGGUGAGCGAGCAGUUUGUCCUGCUGCGCUGCCACAAUUUUGCCUCUAG